UUAGACCAUUCUCAAUUAACGAUGAUAGUUCACACAGACAUUCCUUACUUACCGUUUCAUCCUCAACAGACGCUUGAUCUUUAUAUCCCUACAUUAACUUUGCAAGAUGCCGUAACCAAAUUGCCUACACCAAUUAUCAUCUUGAUUCACGGAGGUGCCUGGAUCUCGGGUGAUAAAAAAGAUCUUGAAUCUCUAGGAAAAUCCGUUUCAUCUGUAACAAAUUUCGCUGUUGCUCUAAUAAACUAUAGGACAAGUACAACUCCCGAAAUCAAACAUCCAGCGCACAUAAACGAUGUGGCAGCUGCUAUAACUUGGAUUUAUUCAAAUGGUGAUAAAUAUGGAUAUCUGGGUGAUAGGAUGUACUUAGUUGGACAUAGUGUUGGUGCUUUUCUAUCAGCUCAACUUGUAUUCACUCCUGAAUAUCUUAUUAAUGCUUCAGGCUCUUUCUCGAAAAAUAUCGAUGAAGCUAAAAAAUUAUUGAAUUCAAUUCGUGGGAUUGUCGGUAUCGAAGGUAUUUACGAUAUACCAUCGUUAUUGGAGCGUUGGCCUGCUUAUACAAAAUAUGUUGAACCAGCGUUUGGCACGGAUCCUGAAGUUUACAAAUCUGUGUCUCCAAAAUACAAUUCAACCAAUGAUACGGUUAUUAAGAUACCAUCUUAUCUAAUUGUUCAUUCUUUAGAAGAUGAGUUAGUUGAUAUUGAACAGGCUAAUAAUUUUUAUAAAUAUAUUACACAAAUUAAAAUAAAUGAAUUUAGUGUGGAUUAUCAAACUGGGAUAAAAGGAACUCAUGAUGGCAUUUUGGAAGAAAGAGAACUUGAGCAGAGAAUUGUGGAAUUUAUUUUGUUUCGAGAAAAGAAGUUACAAUUACCCCAUUCAAAAUGA